AUGGAUGUUUUGCCAACAUAUCAGCAAGCAACCACUCGACCCGACUGGCUGCAGCUGGCGGCUCCAUACAUAGCAUUCGCAGAUUAUCCAUCCCUUUGUCGAGUCAGCCGCCGCUUCUGGUCCGUCUUCGCGCCUCGGCUUUGGCGUGACCCGUGUGCGGCUAUCGGGACGGCACUUAUCCGUAUUUCGGCAGAUACCACACACUGGUGGGCCAGGUUCAUGUCCCAGAAGCUGCGCCAGCUGACGCCCAAGACGCGGCUCUUGAUCCGAGUCUUGGACGCAAGAGGCGCUACCGGGCCGCGCGAUUUUGCCAUGUACCCAGAGCUUACUAGAAGUGCUUUCAAGCUGGCCCUCGAGCUGCUGCCAAACGUUGAGGCCCUUGUCUUGGACGACCAUAUCGGUUUGGAUGUCCGCUUCCUUGGCCUCAACCCCCAGCAACCAUCUCCAUUAGGUCGUGCAUUACGGAUACUAAGUCUUAAUAAUGUGACAAAUGGAGUCCUCACAGUCCUCACAUCACACAAUAACCUGCCACAAUUGGUUUACUUGGACAUAUCCGGGACUCCAUUGCCCAAUCCGAAUGAGACAGUUGAGCUGCUGCUGCCCAAGUUACGGAUCCUCAAGCUUCACCGCAAUGGAAUUUACGCCGAUAGAUUGUACUAUAUCAACAUCUUCGAUCGACGCUUGUGGAGUCUGGAUCUAAGUGAUAACAAGUUAACCGAUCGCUCAGUGCAAUUUUUGCUCCGCCAGCUCGAUCCCCGACGCCUGCUGCGCACAUCACAGCAUAAAAAAACGGAGGGGAUCAUCGAGUUUUGGAUGGAUUUUGGCAGCCACAUACCCUUCAUCUGUCUUCGGGAAGUGCACGGCAGCAGCGACGUUUUUCUUCCUGGCGACAGAUAUCUAGUCGAUGCCCCCGCAUUUAGUACCUUGUCUAACAGCGAGGAAGAUACGGUCAAUACCCGGUCCGAUGGCUCUUUGUCAAUACGCCCAGACACGCUCGAUGGUGUUUUACAACUCUUGUCUCGGGAUGGCGGCAUUACCGCAACGGACCACUUGCCGGGCUCCGUUGGCCUCACACAUCUGCACUUGUCGGGCAACAACUUUUCUGCCGCUGGCAUCGAAUCGCUGCUGCGCCGUUCCAAUGGCCAGAUAGAGCACUUUGAUUGCGACUCAAUGCGUUUAUAUCUGCCUGACGGCCAUAAUUGCCAAAUGACCCAUGGAGAUCUUGAGGUUUCUUGUAGCUGUCGACUUCAUACCUCCAAAUUAAUCGGAAUAUACGGCUUCUCAGGCCUAUCACAGAUAUUCCGUCCCGUGUGGUGCUCCAAUCUUCGAUCACUCAGGAUACACCACUCGCUUGUCACAAACAUACCAACGCUCAAGAUUCCCGACUAUCGUGCAAUUGAAUGCUUAUACUUGGCUGAAAAACACAUCCUCCCCGGCCUUGACUGGGCAUACUCGAUAGCCUUUCUCCCGGACAUGAAUCCCCGGCUGCAAACUUUGACGUUGACUUGUGUUCCCCGCCACUCCUUUGGCCCACUCGUCCAUAAACUGACCUUCUUCCUUCGACUCUUAGGCUUGCAAGAGCAAGUCUUAUCCAUCAUGAAUAAAGCGGAGGAGUCAAGACCAGGGCGAUCCGUGCGAUUAGUGAGUGGCCUCAGGCAUCUGGCACUGGAAAUGGAACCAAGGGAAGAAAUGGGCUCGCCUCUUGAGUUGGACGCCGAGGAACUCAUGACCAGUGGUGAGACACCGUUCAGCUUUUUUGAUGACCCGGAGGAAAAAUUGCCGCCAAAGGGGCUACGCCCGCGCGCCGUGGAGAUUUGGAACCCAAUGCGACCCAAGUCCUCCCUCCCACCGCCAAACGAAACUGUUAUACGCGAAGCCGAAGAAAUUGAGUACGACAUAGCG